GUUGAGCGUCGUGUGAUGCAACUUUUGCAGUGCACGUCUUUCCACUCUGCUGAGGACAUCACGUUGUUGCUCCAAGUCAUGGUCCAGGAAUGCCUCACACGUUAUACACGUUUUGAAUUGCUCAAACGAUUGGCGAACACGGAAAGCAAUGCGUGUUUGAAGCUGUUUCGACAGUACAACGGUCUAGACAUGCUGGCUGCAUUUAUGUGCGAUUCGGAUGUGACCGAUUGGGAAUUAAAACGCCAGAUUCUUAUUUGUCUGCAUAAUAUUCCGGUAUCAGAACAAAAACAAGUUCAAACGAACUCACGCCUAAUGGAAAUAGUAUCACAGUGGAGUGUGGAUCCGCAUUUCUGUCGACCGCGUGGAUCCGCCCCUGGUCCCUCUCUGAAUUCAGAUGACAAAACCGCACAGAAUGUGACCACUCCCGAUCUGUCGCCUAAAAUCUCCGAAAAUUCAUUUUCUGCCCAGGUCUCGGAAGAAGAUAACCAGGCAGAUACAGCGUCACGUCCUGCAUCACUCAAAAACUUUACGGAGUCGGCUUUUACUCAUUCAAAUACUACAUCCAAUCAAAAUUUAACUCGAUCCGCUUCGACUUCUGCUUUGAUUUCUGACGCUUGGUUCAAGCAGCAGUCUAUAUCGAGUCAGCUACAAUCCCCGCAAAAGCUUUAUGACGAUAACUCUGUGGGCCCGGGCUCGUCAUCUCUCACAGUUGACGUGGAAACCGGCGAACUCGAGCCUUCGAUAUCGUCCACCGACCACACUGAACAAGAACGAGAGGUUACGGAAGAAGAACGAAUACAAGAAAUCCAACAUUUAUCUCAAACUCUGUUCGAUCGGUGGUCUAAGUUACCUCGAGAGAACUAUCGAAUUCCGAGGCUGGAACGGCAAGAGACUGAAAAGCUUCUGCAUGUCAACAAUCAGAUGGAUUCAUCUCUGGUAUCGUGGGGUCAUUUCGAUGACCAAGAGAACGCGACUAGUUCGUGGAUUCAACCUAAUGAUCGAACAAGCACCGCUCAUGUGCAUUGGUCUAAACGCACUGAAACGGUAUUGCCUUGUAGUUCUCGCCUCUCGAAUCCAGCUUCCAGUUCACUGGAUAACAACAAGGAUCGGUUAUCCAAGUUGGAGCGCAGAAGGCUGUUUGAGGCUCAGGUGAAUGCCGCUGAAGCGAAAAAACAAGAAACAGACGUCUCUAGGACACCAAUAGAUACCGGGCAAACGGAUGAAGCUACUCGAUUGCGCCAGGUUUCUCGGUUGUGCGAGGAAAUGACGCAACAGCUUGAGCAGAAUAGAACGCCACUCCCUCCUGGCUGGCAAUCAGCCGUCGACCCAAGUGGUAAAACCUACUAUUACAAUAUGGAAACGAAAGUUGUUCAGUGGGAGAAACCGCAGACCGUUGAAAAUGAAAAGAAUACAAACUGCGACAAGACACCGCAGUCCUCAGUGAGUUGGCAUAUCUGUGCCCCUAGGACUUGUAGACUAAAUCCAGUUUUACCCUGUAUGCUAUUCGAAGACUUUUUAUUUAGCAUAUUUGAGACACUUAACCGGGGAAAUUAG